AUGAAAGAUAUAUAUGCUUCUUCAACCCUGACGAUAGUCGCUGCCGCUGCGGAGAGCGCCUCUAAAGGAUUUCUCGACCCUCGGGCAAACCAGGAGAUUCUUCACACUAUCCCCUUCCGGAUCAAACCCAACAUUUUUGGCCGUAUGUCUAUCAAUAAACUCGAUGCCGCAUGCUAUGAUGAGCGACUUGAGCCCAUUGCAAAAAGAGCUUGGACUAUGCAAGAGCAGUUAUUGAGCAAUCGCACGCUCACAUUUACAACACGGACUAUGAUGUGGACAUGCCAUGAGGGCAUAAAGAACUUUGCCAAUUCCUUGUAUUUUCCGCAUGACCUUGAUGCAGGUUAUAAUGCGAAUGAUGAAAAGUACAGCCUUAAUCUGCACUCUUUACUUCUUGAUCCAGAAGAGGCUUGUGCUGAUAAGGAAAAAUCUCUAAGUUGCUGGAUGCGCCUCGUCACAGCAUACUCAAUUAGGAUUACAAGCUUUGAGCGUGACAAAUUAAAUGCUCUGGCCGGCAUCGCCUCUCAUCCUUCAUUCACUUAUGCUCUUGGGCCUGGUUACUUUGCUGGACUCUGGCAAUACAAUCUCGCGAGACAACUCACAUGGCAAACGUCAAGUUGGCACAGAACGCUAGCCGAGGAUGAGAGUUUCACUUUUAGCAGGUCUGUGGCGUACCAGGCUCCUUCAUGGUCAUGGGAUAGUCUUAAUGGUAGACGAAAGUUCAAGUUCAUAUCUGACCGAAUUGAAAGGACUUUAACCCCAUUUGCCCGGAUUUAUUCCGCUUUUGAUGCCGCCGGGGUUCUGUCCAGAUCUCACUGGCGUCGGCGUCAUAACAUGUCGAUUCAGUAG